AUGCACCGCGAAGUGGCGAAGAUGCACGUCCCAAUCGUGUCCUUUUUGAAGGGCAUGGGCAGUGCAAUGCGCAAGGAGUUUGCGGCAUCGUUGACCCCUGCUGGCGAUCUGUUCCGUUCCGGCGCACUGGACCUCGUGGACGUCCCUGUGCCGAAACUUGUCGGGAACAGGCAAGAUCCGCUGAACGGCCACGCAAUGGACGAUGCAGGUGCUCCUGCGUGGGACCUCACCGUGGAACAGCAGCGGGCUGUCGGACAGGCCAAGGUCAUGGUCAUGGAUCAACAUUCCGGAGGUCCACUGUUUCUCGCACCCGAGGCGAAUUUGCCGAAAGCUCUUUGUGGUAUCCUCGACAACGUCGAGUGGGUGCAAGGCACGUACGUCGGUGUGGAAGAGUACUUGAGCCGCUUGCCCCACGGAGAGAACGCACUGACGCCGGAUCAAGUGCCGCAGUUUACGUUGACUCGAGCAGGGGGGUUCCUGCCCCGUAUCAUGGGUCAGUACGUGUUUGGGUACGUGACGAUGCUCGAACGGAUGCUGUUGGAAGCCCGAGACUUUCAAAUGAACCGCGAGUAUGCUCGACAAAGGCUGAUUCAAUUCAGACCACCGCAGACGGUGACGGUUGGUAUCAUGGGGCUAGGAGACAUCGGCCAGGGAGUGGGCAAGAUGCUCAAAGGUGCGGGGUACAAGGUGCUCGGCUUCAAGCGCCGCGCGAAUUCCCAGCUCGAUGCCGAUCUAUCGGCUUGUGCCGACCGUGUCACAUCUGACUUGGAGACGGUGCUUUCCCAGAGCGACAUUUUGGUGAACGUGCUACCCAGCACGAGUGCGACGCGGUACUUGCUGAACGAGAACAACUUGACCCUUUGUAGAGAGCGCAAACCGGUCUUUAUCAACAUUGGACGGGGCGACGUCGUUGCCGAGAAGACGAUCGUUGACGCUCUGGACAAUGGCACGUGGUCGCGUGCUGUCUUGGAUGUGUUUGAAACGGAACCGCUGCCACGUGAAAGUGCCUUGUGGACGCAUCCGUCCGUGUUGCUCACUCCGCACGUGUCCGGGUACGUCUUUGUGGAAGAUGUGGCAAGCAUGUUCGUGGACAACUUCAAUCGCUACUUGCGAGGUGAGCCCGUUCUGUACAAGAUCGACUGGACCACAGGCUACUGA